AUGAAAUUUCAACUGUGUUUCCCACAGGCGUUGAUAUACAAUGAGGAGACGCAUCAAUUUGAGAUGCCCAGCAAUGCAGCAGAGUUGACCAACAAAAUCAGAUCAGCUCUAGAACAAAGCAAAUCACAGCUCCUUUAUAAGGAUGUCAGAGGACUGGCCAAAACCACUUUAGUGGACAACCAUUACACUGUCUCUUGUCUGGACCGAGCACAGGGGAUUCAGUGGAUUCUAAAAGAAAGAUUGGCGUUUUUUCUUCAAAGUAGUUGCUACCAUGAGUACAGACUAUCCAAGUUGUUGUUUCAGCGGGCACCACAUAUAAAUGGCCACAAGAGAAGUUCCAAGCCUUCCACUUCCUUGACCUCAAACCCGAACGGUGUUGACAUCAACAUCCAAGAGACAUCAACUGCAUCUCAAACGAAGCAACUACAUGAAGAGGCCUCUGAACUAUAUUUGGAUGAGCUGGCUACCCAAGUGGUUGAACAGGUGCUUGAAGAUCCUGUAUUUCUGUUGACUGCGCAGAGCUGGGAAAACAACGGUGACCUUACAGGCUGCACCGACACAGAUGGAAAUUCCAAGUGUAAAGGUACCUGCCACCUAGGCAACCAACCAGGCAUGGACGACUUCAAGGAGUUUUUGCAUGGCACGUCAGGAGGCAGGUUGUUUAAUCUCUGGCGGGACAUAGAGAGACUGAAAAGUAUAAACAGUGAGCGGAUGAACAGCUUUUUGGCUUUAAUGAGGAGCCGCUACCUGCUGAGCAGCAGUCAGAACAGUCUAAACAUGGAGCUGCUCUGCAGGUUGGGGCUGACUACCUCCCCCUGCUGGACAAAAGAGAGACUGUGCGCAAUACAACCCAACCUCACGGAGUCAAUCAUCUCCUACUGGGUUCCUCGUUACUGGACAUCCCAGCAUGUCCAAGGAGACCUUGAUUGUUCUGACAUGAAGCUGUGUGUUGGACCUCAUUCAGCCUCAGUGACCCCUUGUUCCCUUUGCCCUGAACCCUGGCUGGCCGAAUCGUUUUAUGACAACCAUCCACAGUUUUGCCCAAGCAGAAGUCAAUCAUUAGGCUGCACAAGACUGGCAAAGAUUUUGGAAGCGCUAUUUGUCGACCCAGAUGCUGGCUGGUACUUCACUCACUUCUGUGAGCAAUCAAGAAACCAGGUGUGGGAAAAUGCAGUUUAUUUUUGGCAUGACCUCCAGCAUUAUCAUGAGCUCUUCUACCAGGACGGACUGGAUCCCUACAGAGUGCAGAGAGUGGCUCAGGUCCUCUACUCCACGUACCUCCGCAGCUCUGCCAGCAGGAGCAUUGGCAUCAAGGAGGAGAUCAGGAAGGAGGUGCAAGACCAGCUGAUGCCUGCUUUUGAGGAGCUCUUUGAUCAAGUUGAGGACCACAUCUUGAACAUCCUACUGGAUGCUUGGGCAGUGCUUGUCGACCGGGAGAAAAAGUCCUUCCUGCAGAUAUGUGUGUAUGAGGAGGUGCGCUCUGUCAACACUUGGCAAUACAGGGAAUUGCGCAGUUUGUGCGCAAAAUCCAAACAAAAAAUCAAUCAGGGUGUGACAUCUCCAUCUAAUACUUCAUCCGGCAUCUUCUCUGAGGGCACCCGGGUCCUUGACUCUUGGUCCAAUGUGCCUCCACAGUACCAAGGUUACCGCUUAGGCUCCUUACCUUGCCAAAACCACGAGAUCUGGCAUUUGAUGUCUUUCCUCCAGAAUAAAGACGCCAGCAUCCACCAGGAAUGCUGGCUGGACCUGGAGCAGUACAGGAGAACUCCUCAGAGGAACAAGGCAGUGAGACAGGACCGAUCUUCUCGCAUUGCAAAGAAAUAUCUCAACAGAACCUACUUCUUUAGCUCCCACAGUCCUGCCACAGAAGAGGAGCAAAACAAUAUAUUGCACCUGGCAGGUGGGCUGGAGCUUCUGAAACUUGAGUGUCUCUCAAGGCGAGUUACUGUGGAGAUCCAGUACAUCAUCAGAUGUCACAUUGAGAAAACAUGGCUGCCUCAGUUUCUGGUCACAGCAGAGUUCGCAGAACGACAGAAAUGCAAACUAAAGGUAGACGCCAAAACACGUGUGUCACAGGACGACUCUCAACGACAACCGACGAGAAAAGAAGGGUGGAAGAGUCAGGGUUUGUGGAGGAGUUCCUCCAAGGAGAGCCUUCUUUUUCGACAGCUUCUCCUCAACCCUGCCUCCUGCUUGCAGUUCCAACACUUUGUCUCUCUGAAGGGUGACUUCCUGCAGAAUGAUGUGCUGUUUUGGCUGGAGGUGCAGCGGUACAAGGACCUGUGUCAUUCUCACAGUGACGAGGCCACAAUUCAGCAAAAGAUCUCCACAAUAAUCAAGUGUUUCAUCAACUCAUCCACACCUCCAGCCCUGCAGAUAGACAUCCCUCUGGAACAGGCGCAGCGCAUUAUGGAGAAACGCCAUAAACUGGGCCCUUACAUCUUCAGAGAGGCACAGAUGUCGGUGUUCAGUAAGUUGCUCAGGUUUUGGCCCAAGUUUCAGGAGCUUAGGAGCAGUGUACAUGAAGGUCAGUUACUGAAAAUGCUUCAGGACGAAGGACUCAAAAACAAAGCCAGAUUACGAAGACAAAGGAGGAAGGAGGAGGAAGAGGAUGAGAGGAGAGCUCAGGAAGAUGUAAAACGGCUUGAUUCCGGUUCUAGUGAGGAUGAAGAAACGAAAAAUGAUGACAACAGGGGAGUAGAAAAGAGAAGAGGUGAAAAUACAGCAGUAAAGACACACAGCGGCCAGAUGCUGUUUUCCACAGAACCAUUGUCAUGGUCCUACUCCAAAUACAUGGCAGCACUGAAGAGGGAGGAGGCGCUACUAAGGACACGCAGUCAGAAAGAAGCAUCCUUCUCCUCAUACUCAGUGUCCUCCGACGGCAGUGUGAGGUCAACAGGAAGUAUAAACAGCCACCGGGAGACCUCCCAACACUUCUCCAGGUCACACGUGAAACAAUGUCAUUAA